GUAACGGUUCAGUCCACCUCGACUCUCCGAGGAGCUACUGUCGAAGCUGGCCACUGUGUUGCAAUCUGGGGAUGCUCGGUGACGAUAAUGUUUACUGCUUCUACCACGAUUCCUGAAAGAAUAAUUGUCUUCGUCAAAGUACUGAUAAUCGCCCAAUAUUCAUUCAAUAACCAUUCUCAAGACUAUAACUAAUGCAAGGUUCAUGGACAUUGUUUACAACUAUGAGGAAUCAUCGGGAGGAUACAAUUUUAAGGUUACGUGAUAAAACCAUCACCUUCUAUCCACGAGAAGAAAUGCUUCAACUUCAAAAUACCAGAGUGCGUAUCUGUGACGAAGUACAAUUAACAAAUAGUGCAUAAAGUACAGGAUAGUGAUGAAUGAGAAAUGGUGAAAGCGUGUGAAGAAAGAAAAAGCACCGGUGCAGCAUCGAAUUGGUUAAAGAGUUACGCUAGGUGCUUCGUAGAAUCCUGGAAGUCGAAGCGCGUUUACCUUGACUAGUAUCACUCGUGAGGUGGUUGGUGGUGGUUGAUGUUGUGGUGAGAUCGGUGGUUGCGGGGAUGGGGCGAAUUUAGAUUUUUAUAAGGAUGGGUUCGAGAAGUAGCCGGCACGAUGGGCCGCCGAGAGGCUGAAGGAGUACGGGUGGUCGCUACCGCGACGUCCUGUGAGGUCUCGGCGCCCCAGGUGCUGGUCAGGGAAGGGCAGUGCGAGAAGAGUAUACCAACGCGAGGGCAUACCCAUGUCAGUCCUACCGAGGCCACCGUUUCCGCCACCCCCCAACGCACCAACCCCACCAAGCCCCCUGCGACGCCUUCCUCGGACGUUGUCGCUGCCGCUACCACCACAUCGCAAAAGGAGCAACAUAUGCACACGUGGACAAGGAGCAGACAUACAUAUAAUGAAAGCGCGAAUGAACUCACGAGGAGCAAGAUCGUGAUACUGAAAUUGUAUACAAUACCAAAAAGAUCAAGAACAUGAGG